CCGGGUCCCCUGCUUGGAAGGACGUAUGGCUCGGCGCAUGCGCUCUGCCGCCCGUGUCCACCAGGGCGGUGAUCUCGCUCCCUCUCUCGCAGGCUCACUCUCCGCGGGUGUCUCUCUGUCACACUCUCUCUCUGGGAAAAACCCGAGCAGGAGGAGAGCAGCAGAAGGGGGAGGAGGAGGAGGUCUCCUGCUUCUUCCGAUUCAGCGACUGAGUCAGGCUAUUUGAAAAAAAAAAAAAAUAAAUAAUUAAAUAAUAUAAUAACCGCACCAAACCUGGUGGUGCGGGGCGGCUGAGGAAGAAAAAAAAACCUCACACGGAUGUGUCUCCGAAAGCGCAGCGGAUACCGCCCUCCGGACCUGAUUAAUGCCAAGAUUGAGAGGUCCGAGGAAGAAGGGGGGAUGACAUGCAUGUGUCCAGCCUGCUAACAUCCCUGACGACUCGCACGCUAACAGACUGCCCACCCUCACGGCAUGGCGGAUGUACUGGGUGAGGCAUGUCGUCGCACAGAAUCAGCGCCGGGGAAAGAGCAGACAUCACAAAAGGAGACCUCUGUUCGCUCUGUCACUCAGUAAACCCUCGCUGGUCCGGGCUUGAAUCGUCUCUCUGUACACAGGUCCGAUUCCAGCCGAUCGGGGGGGUGGUGAGCUGGCCAUGGGGGGAGGUCGCAGCGAGACCUCGGCUCUCAGCGGCGCAGGAGAGGCCCGGGGUUUGACCACUACCCAGAAUUCCCAGCGGCCCAAUGCCUGCUGCUUCUGCUGGUGCUGCUGCUGCAGCUGUUCAUGUCUCACCUUCAGGAAUGAAGAGGAGAGACGGAAGAGGAGAAGGAGGAAGAGAAUAUCACAGGACACCAAGAUGGAAACCAAACUUGAAACUUGUCCCAAGCCCUCGGUGGAGGAGAUCCGGAUGUGGUCUCAGUCGUUCGACAAGCUGAUGAGGAACCCCGCAGGUCGCAACGUUUUCCGGGAGUUCCUGCGGACCGAGUACAGCGAGGAGAACAUGUUGUUCUGGCUGGCCUGCGAAGACCUCAAACAAGAAAUCAACAAGAGUGCCAUAGAAGAAAAAGCUCGCUCCAUCUACGAAGACUAUAUUUCUAUAUUAUCGCCAAAAGAGGUUAGCCUGGAUGCCCGGGUUCGAGAGGUGAUCAACAGGAAGAUGCAGGACCCCACGCCUCACACGUUUGAAGACGCCCAGCUGCAGAUCUACACGCUGAUGCACAGGGACUCCUACCCACGAUUCCUCUCCUCCAAUAUCUACAAGACCCUGGUUCUGGGCGGGUCCCGCACCUCCUCAGAGUCCUAGUCCUCUCCCUGAAGCCCCUCCUCCACCUCCAUGCUGCCUCAGGAGCGUUUCACCUCCUCUGUCACACACUCCUCUGUUCAAAUCACGUAUUCUUUGAAUCACUGCCAAGACUCCCUUCAGCUUCAGGUCAUUUUAAAGCUUUGAAAAUUUAAAUUAAUUGGAGUAAAACAAAUGUUCUGCACAUCCAAGUGAAGGAAAGUAGAAUCGGUUAACAUUUAUUGUCAGAAAUAUUCAAGUUCAAUGAUCCUCGCUCGCUCGUGUUUACAGGUCAAGCCCAUCCAUGAAGGCAGAUUUAGUUUCUUCCUCUUUCUGUUUUCUUUUUUUUCUGCUCUCCACCUCAGCCGUAAACAACCGGAGAAGGACGCGUUCCUGGAUAUUUAAGUAUUUAUGAGUUAGGAUCUUCUGUUAUGUGGAGACGUACUUGACUACUUUGUGAGAGUCUGAUGCAUUUCAAGAGGAAAACCGUUCGUCUGUGCCAUGGACCUUUGGUGGAUUCGUCGCCCGGCCUUCCCCACACACUCCAGCCACCGUAACGAGCCAAUCAGAGGAGGCCGUCCCAGACUUUCAACCUGCAGUCGCCUCCUCCCGAUGAAGGAAAGCUGAAAGGAAAAGACGGAUGCUGAAUCAUUCCCCCGUUCUUUUUCGUUUUUCCUCCGUUCAACUGGAAAAACAGGGUGCUCCCUCCAUCUCCCACCAAAACAAAAAACCCACAAAGUUUUCUGGAUCAAUCGUUUCCCGCCUGUCACAAACAAACGGAUGAAGGAAGGACGACAUUCCUUCCAACUACUGAUUUACAAAAAGACGACGAGUCUAUUUUUUAAGAGAAAACUAUAUGAAACAAUUUUAUUAUAUUUUUUUUAGUUUUUUUUUUUUAUUAUUUUAUUCCUCCUAUUGAGUCCCUCACCUGAAUGAUAUUAUUUUUUGCAAGCGGAGGAGAGUUCCUCUGAGACUGUACUGAUCUCCACCCAACACACACACACACACACACACACACACACACACCACCGCAAUAAAACACUGGAGUCCAGACAACAGGCACACACUGAUCAUAUUUGAGUCACUCUGCGUACAGGGAUUGUUCAGAAAUCAUAAGUUAAUUCACAAAAUAAUUCCCAGUGAUGAAGAAAACCCCGAAGAGUUAAAAAGGAGAAGAAAGAUGUCUGCUCUGAGCGUUUCCUGUUUCCCUCUCAGGGACAGUCAGUCUCUUAACUCAGGUUUUCCUGCUGCAGCUGCAGCGAAGGCAGCAGAUGACCGUUUGACUCACAUUCCUCACAAGAUCCAAACCAACUUCCUGAACGGUUUUCAGGAACAGCAGAGUUUAGUUUGAAGCUAUCUGGCUUUUAAAGAAAGCCUCCAUUUUUAAGCUUUAUUGAUUAAUUCAGCCCAUAUAUGAUCAAACGUUUGAUCAUAUAUGUCUAUGAUUAGUGUUGAAAUAACCUUUUUUUGUGUUUUACUUUUAUGAAUCUUAACUUUGCACAUUAACUGAUAUGAGCUUUUCAGUCCAUUUAGUAAACAUGAAAAAACAGACGCGGAGCAGAGGUGUCCAACGUGCGGCCCGAGGCCACAUUUGGCCCCUGGGCUGAUUUGGUGUGGCCCCCAAAAAUAAUUUAAAAAUUACGUAAGUUUGGUUGCUAACUUGUGCAGGCGGUUGAUGCCAAUUGAGAUUUUUUUGUUUUGAAUUAGAGCAAAAUUAUUAGAAACGAGUUAAAAUCUUCUAAUCAUGGAAAGUAUAUGAUGAAAUAGAAAGUAUAGUAUUCAUCUGUUUACAACCAUGCUUUUUGCGUUCUCUUUGACUUUAUAGGAAAAAGUAUUUCAUUUAUGUAGUAAUAUUUACUGAAAAACAGACUUUGGUCCCCAAAAUCUGCUUUUAGCUAAUUUAUUAAAUUUGGCUUAAUAUGGCAGAAUUUGAUCCAAGACCAAAAUAGUUUUUUUGAAGCUCAAAAGAAAAGUUUUUUCCUUUUUAUUUAUUGCAUGUUUAGGUUAUUGUUGAGCAGGAAAAUAAUUUAUGAUUUUAAAUUGUUUUAGAAAUUCUAUAUUUUUUGGCCCACAAGUGAUUCUGACUUGACGAUUUUGGUCAAUGUGAUAAAACAUUUGGACGCCCCUGACAUAAACAAAGUAAAGGCCAUUUUAUUUAUAUAUAGCGUAUUUUCAGCAACAAGGCAAUACAAAGUGCUUACAGGCUAAAUCUGUCUGCAGCCUGAUAUUAUGGCAGGUAAACA